ACAAGUUGCAACCAGAAGCCAUGAUACCACGGCAGGCGGCGUUGAGCAAGACUCUACGACACUUCAGCUCAUCUGCUCGCGCAUGCGUGCACAUAUCUCAUAUCGGAAAAACUCCCAUCCCAAUUCCACCUAAUGUCACUAUCACCCAAUCUCAAACUUCGCUCCAAGUCAAGGGACCUCUUGGCUCAACGUCCGUCCCACUGGAAUCAUACAUGAAGCUCGCGUAUCCGCAAGAAAAUGUGCUGACAAUAGCCGUAGAAGAUGCAGAGGUAAAGAAGCAGCGGUCAAUGUGGGGUCUUACGCGGACGCUCAUAAAUAACGCGGUCGUUGGAAUGACGGAGGGUUUCACUGUUCCCAUAUAUCUUGUCGGUGUUGGAUACAGAGCUGCGUUGGAGGACGACCCGAGAGGAACGACAAAUGGUGGCAAUGGCCAGAGGCUCAAUAUGAAGCUGGGACAUUCUCAUAACGUCUACGUGCCAAUUCCUGCCCAUAUCAAGGCAGACGUGCCUUCUCCGACGAAGAUCACACUCUUUUGCACGGACAAGCACUUGCUUGGUCUUUUUGCUGCAAGGAUACGGAAAUGGCGUCCACCUGAACCAUACAAGGGCAAGGGUGUUUUCAUUGGUAAUGAACAAAUUCGUAUCAAGUCCGUCAAAAAGAAGUAGUUUGGACUCUGGCACCUACUUUUGCUUUCUUAGACUUGACUUGUGCUCAUACUUAUCAUUGCACGCAUACGAUAGAGAUCGUAUUCCUAAUGAAAACAUUAAAGACCACGUAGACAGCUAGUCCUUGCCUGAAAUUGACUUGCUAUUUGAACUCUGAACAAUAGCAUGCGAAUUGUCACGUG